UAGCCUCCAAUCGAAGGUUUUAAUCUUCUUCUUUCAGAUGUUCAGAAUGACUUCCUGUCUGUUGUCCCUCGUCUUUACUUUGGUGUCCUCCGUCAUGGCCGCCAGCCAACCUGCCGGCUGCAAAAUCCGCAUCACCGACAAAGGACUGGAGAUGUUGAAGUCUGAGACUGAGAAGUUUGUUGAGGAGGAGCUCAGUAACAUCAGUAUGCCUGAGAUGAAGGGCCAAGAGGGACGCUUCCAGUACACCAUCACUGAUGUGAAGAUCAGAGAGCUGAACCUGACUCACGCUGACCUGCAGUUCAUUCCAGACGUCGGUUUAUUGUUCGAUGUUCAGAACUCAUCAAUCUCACUGAGUUUCCACCGUCGAAUCCUCUACUGGUUCUUGUUAGUUCUUUGAGAGAACACAGACUUAACACAAACAUUCAAAUGAGUCAUAGUUCUUAAACAGAACAUGGAUCUACCUAAAUUAUUUAACACUGUAGAACAUUAUUAUCACUCUAAGAGUUAAUUCUACAUAACACUGUUGCAUCUCUAACAGUUAAUCCAGUAGAAGACUGAUAUAACUUUUAAUGUUCUACUGCAGAACUAACAUGACUCAGAGUUAUCCUUUAAAACACAAUAUAAUAUAAUCCUUAUGAUGAUGGUGACAUGAUGAUGAUGACGAUGGUGACAUGAUGAUG